AUGGCGCCCCCCAAAGCCAAGAAAGCAACGGAAAGGGUCAGAGAGGGAUUCGCCAGGCUCGCGGCCAAUCCCGACAAGAUGGAGGCCAUGCGUGAAAACGCCGAGACGUCCAAGUACUUUGACGGCAGCUCUCCCUCGACGCAAGGUGUCGUCAACGUUGCCAUCGGCAAGUUUGAGGAACGUAUCAAGACCUCGACGCUCUGGAGGCUCCCAGAUCAGUUCCGAACGACAGACGAGACACUCCGCUGGCGCGAUGUUGACUUUGUCAACAUGACGGGUGGCAUAGCCGUCCGCGUCACCUUCAGAUACACCAAGGGGUACAGGAACCCGAACCUGGAGGGUUCAAAGGAGGCGGGCUCCGCCCGAACCUUCUUGUUCUUACCCUCAAUGGCUGAACGCCUCGAGUUUGACCUCCCCAUCGUAUUAUUUGGGAUCGCAUACGAGAGGGGCCUAUUCGUGCAAUCACUCGAAGAGAUACUGCACCAAGAGAGCGACAAUGUCUUUCUCGAGAAGAGCGAGGAAGUCAAUGAACAGGCCGUCUUCAUUGCUGCGACACAGUCAGGCAAGUUGGAUCCUCAGAAGCCAAUGACGAUACAGGCUUUGAAUCCCAAGCUCCAGCAGCUCUGCACCGCCAUCGGCCUCAUCGAGCGAAACACGUAUUACUCCCUCCGCAGAACCGCUAUCAUCGAGACGCGACGGCACCACAACACCGAGGCCGCGAAGGACCUAGCGUUCCAUGUCGGAAACGCGAAUAGUUUAUUCUAUUACGAUAACGUGGGAUUUGGCGACCUGGACAUGCAGAGCUACCGAUUCGGUGGCCCGGGAAGCAUGAACAGAGAUGAUAUUAGGAAGUACUUCUCACAAUCAAACAUCUCGCGUUGGCAACCGUCCGGAGAUGAAGCCGUCACGUUGAAACAAGCGAUUGAGCAAAAGACCAGGGACCAGCUCUCGGAUGACCACAGAUAUAUUGACCAGGAACAAGCGCUCAAGGCCCUGUACGACGACGUCAAGGGUAAGCUGCAAUCAAUGCAGCAUACCGGACAGAUACCGCAGGACAUCAACAUCCCAACGGGGUACGGAUCACGGGACGGAGCAAAAUACAUGGCCAUUGCGUCACAAUACGAGGUUCACGAGAGCGUCCGUGCAAUGGAAACAAUGCUGGCCGCCCGCAAAUCGCUAUACAGAGCCAUUAGGCUUGAGAUCCGGAAGAUGGCCGGCGAGGAAGUCCGACAGCAACACCGGGCUGUAUUGACCGGGAGUCAGAAGCAGGCCCAGAAGACAUCGAUCGAAAGCCCUUUCCAGCCUGAAGCUGUAGCGAAAGAGCCUGGGUUCCUCGAUGAGGAGGAGGGCUCGAUCAUAAUGGACGAAGACGAGAGCGGUGGCGUAGACGAAGACGUGCUUGAGAACGCUGAGAUGAACUCGCGAGAAGAGCCUGAAUGCUGGCAAGGGUGA